GUCUAUCUGACAUCCUUCUGUAUGGACAGAAUGUCUGCGAGUAGCUUGGACCUUGCAGAGGGAAAUGCCUUGACAAAGUUACCGCCUACAAAAGUGAACAAUUUAAGUAUGAUGGACAAAAAACUGAAUCUCUUGAAUGAAAAGAUGGAUAAACUGUUGCAUUUCCAAGAAGAUCUGACAGGCAAACUGCAGCAAGUUAACAAAGGCAUUGAUGAUGUAGAAAAAGGCAUUAACAAGCCAACAGUAUCCCGAGCAGCUCCUGAUGAGACAGACGCACUGAAACAAGGCCUAACGCUAUCGGACGGUAUUCACCAGGCUGAUAUCCAGAGCAUAUUGUCAGAAGUGUUGAAAUUGAUGAAAGCUGCCCAGCUAGAUGCCUCAAAGCAUAAGGAGAGGCUGGCAAAGAUAGAGAAAAGGGUUGAUACACUGGAUAAAGUUGUUACAUUUGUGGGAGAAGUAUUAAAAAAUUCUAAAGUAGUGGAUUUUAUUCUCAAAGGCAUUGUGCCCUGGAAGAAGGGGAGUCUGCUGGAAAUCCUCGAGGCCAAAGAUAAGCCCGAGGAGAGUGGUGCAAAACCUAAGCAUGUGCUUAGCAACAGAGGAACCCAAACUGAAAGCAAGAAGCCUCUGGAAGAGACCAAAAGUGGGAAAAAGCUGGAUGAAAAGAAGGGAGCAUGUGAGAAGGCAAAUGCUUCCAGUGCCCACAAAGCUGACUCCAAACCCCAAGUUAAAGAGAGGACAGCACAGCAGCAAGUAAUAGAAGGUGCUGGCAAAACACACAGCUCUAAGAGCUGUCAACAGCAAAAGGACAUUGAUGUCAAAGCUUUGAAUCAACACAACGGUCUUCCCUUUGUAAAUCAAGAUCACGUAGCCAACCAAAAUGUUCCUGCUAAAGCACACGAUAUGGACGGAGCCCCAUGCCUAGAUGAGUGCCACAGGCAGCUUGUUCAUCAGAAACUCAAAAAGAAUGAAAACAAACCUCCAUCAUCAAGUGUGGCAGCCCAGGAAGCUGUGCCCUCCACAUCCCGGGCUAUAUCUGACACAGGGUGUGAAGUGACACAUACCAGGAUAUCCAUCAAUGUACACAUGACUGAAAAGAAAGAAAAGAUUGAAGUGACCAAGGAAGGUCACAGAGGUAAAAGUCCCAAAGUAAAAUCCCCAUCCUCCACACCAGCAGCAGUGGAAGAAGUUGAACAGCUGCCUGACAAAUUAAAACUUCAACAGAGUCCUAAAAGCACCAGCACUGAGCCUAAUCAAGAACUGAAAGGGGACAGUAAGCAAAAUGAACUUGCACCUCAGAUGGGGAAGCAGCAGCCAUUACUGAGCAAGCCCAAACCAGAUGAAAAGGCUGAAGAGAAAGCAGAAUUAAAAUGCAAGCCUGCAACCUCAGAGAAUACCUCUGAAAAUGAGCCUACAAAGGAUGUUGUAGUAGAAGUGAAAAUCCAUCAAGAAACGGCAAAAGCAAAAGAAUCCCCAACAGAUACCGAUUCUGAGAGGAGAGAAUCCGAGUCUGUGUCUUCAGGGGGAAGUGAAAAUGCUGGACAUCAGUGUACAGGAAAGUCACCAGAGAAGAGUAAGUCUUCAGAAGCUUGCAAAGAGCUUCCUAUACAGGAUGAAAUGAUCAUUGAUGACAGCCCUUCUCCUCCAGCUCCUUUUGAACAUCGCAUAGUGAGUGUCAAGCAAACAGAGGUGACAACGUGCUACUCGGUGUGUCGUCACGAAAUACUGGGGGGGGGGCGUUUUGGGCAAGUUCACAAGUGCACAGAGAUAUCGACUGGUCUCAACCUGGCAGCCAAAAUCAUCAAAGUGAAAGGAGCAAAAGAGAAGGAGGAAGUAAAAAAUGAAAUUAACGUCAUGAACCAAUUAAAUCACGUGAAUCUGAUCCAGCUUUAUGAUGCUUUUGAAGCAAAAAACAAUAUCACUUUGAUCAUGGAAUAUCUUGAUGGUGGUGAACUAUUUGAUCGGAUCACAGACGAAAACUACAAUCUGACUGAGUUGGAUGCAAUCCUAUUUACCAAACAGAUCUGUGAAGGAGUCCACUACUUGCACCAGCAUUACAUUCUCCAUUUAGAUCUGAAGCCUGAAAAUAUACUAUGUGUAAAUCACACAGGAAACCAGAUUAAAAUUAUUGACUUUGGAUUAGCAAGGAGGUACAAACCUCGUGAAAAACUAAAGGUUAAUUUUGGAACUCCGGAGUUCCUGGCUCCUGAAGUGGUGAACUAUGACUUUGUUUCCUUCCCAACGGACAUGUGGAGCGUGGGUGUCAUCACCUAUAUGUUGCUUAGUGGCCUCUCCCCAUUCCUGGGAGAAACUGAUGCAGAGACAAUGAAUUAUGUAGUCAACUGCAGCUGGGAUUUUGAUGCAGAAGCAUUUGAACAGCUCUCGGAGGAAGCUAAAGACUUUAUUUCCAGAUUACUUGUGAAGGAGAAAAGCUGCCGGAUGAGUGCAACGCAGUGUCUGAAGCACGAGUGGCUGAACAAUCUCCCUGCCAAAGCCAAGAAGUCCAACUGUCGCCUGAAGUCCCAGUUGUUGCUGCAGAGUUACAUGGCUCACAGAAAGUGGAAGAAACAUUUUUAUGUGGUGGCUGCUGCUAACAGGCUGAAGAGAUUUCAGAAUCUGUCUGUCAAACUUGUAUAAGCUUGUGUGAAGCAUCUACCACUCUUGGACACGGACAUGAAGCCAUGGAGGAAGGACAGUAUCUUCAACAGUAUCUACCCCUUUGUCUUAUAAGCUUUGGGGUCAGCCUUCAUCAAGUGUGUUAGUGCUAAGGUUCCAGAAGGGCCUCAAGGAAGAGGCAUUGAAAUAAUUCCUAAAAGCAGAAACUACCUUGUUUGUUUUUACAAGUUUUUAGUUGUUGUACAUAGUGAUGGCUGUUGUUGGGGUUGACUUCUUGCUGAAGGCUUUCAUUCUGCAGAGUAUUGUAUUUUUUGCCCCACUUUGCUCUUAAAAAUUAAAUGUUUUCUUCACAAUACUAACUUAUUUUGGAUUUCAAGCUUUUUUUCCUGAUCUAGCCACUUACAAUCUCUCAGCUGAAAGUAAAACAUUAUUUAUUAAAUACGUGGUUUCCUUUUUUCCUGUUCUAGAUUAUGCAAAACUCAGUGUGAGCUGGAGGGGCUCUUAGGAAAACCAGAAUCUAAUACUACUAAAACUAGCUUUACAGCAAAGGCAUCAAACCACUGUAAAACUCCAGCUAACUUUAUGGAGUUUCAAGUCCCUUGAAUUAGCAAGUGUUGGUUGCCAGUAAAGAGGUUUGUGAGAUUGGCUUACCCUAGUUCUCCACUGUAGGGCUUCUCAAUUUGCAUAGUCCUGGAUUUUGAACUGCAGCAGCAUUUCCAGAAUUGAAACAGAGAAGAACUAUUAAAAAUCAAGUAGAACAAUCUUUGCAAUGUAUCACCUUCUGUGAAGGCCCACUUGUGUUUGUGUUUUCCUUCCACAGUGGUUCUGCAUGCUAAAUGUGAUUAUAUUAAUUGGUCUGUAUAUUUCUGAAUUAAUAGUAAUAAAUUCCAUUCAAGUGGAACAA